AUGGUGCUACCUAAUUGUAGGAGCAACAUAGAAUUGCAGCUUGAGGACAAUCUUUACGUCUACAAGAACAGCGGAGAUGAGCUGCUGAAGUAUGAUGAAUCCAGGGUCCGCAGGAAUUCCAUUCCCCCAGCUAAGAUCCCCACUGCAAAGUACAUGUUGGCUUAUCUUCCACGGCCUCCCUCAGAAACAGAUAGCCAUGGGGCCUCUUCUCCGAAGCCUGAAAUGAUGACACCUUUAGACAUGAGCCAGCAGCCAGCAGCGACCGUGAGCGCCGACAGAAGUGCUCUCUCUUGCAACUAUCACCCUGUACCUUGCAGUUCACAUGUGCCCAACGUCAGGUCCGUCCUUCUGCAGAAAAGACUCAGCAUGGUGGAACAGGCCAGCUUCAGCGCGGCUGGGCCUCCCAAACACCAGCCUCCUUUCUCCAACAGCACAGACAAGUUGCCUAAGUAUUGCUGGCCCUCCCGGACCGACCCCCUGCCCCCUUCUCUUUUGCGGGAGUUCAACGCUCAGCUCUGCCCUCAGCACGCUUUUAGCGUGCCCAACAUCAUCAGCUCUUCCCGGAGCAAGACCCUCACCCGCAGCGUCAUCUCGAUGCCCACCUCGGAGAAAGCACAGAGCAAACUCUGCAAACUCAUUGACGACAACCGGCAGUUUGUGGGGAGAAAUAAGCAGCAAAGGCAGCGCUACGUGACCAAAGUUGGGAAGUGCAAGGUCAGCUUAGGCAACAUUCAGGAGAAGAAAAGAUUCCUCUCUGACAUUUUUACCACCAUUGUGGAUCUCAAGUAUCGCUGGUUCCUCUUCAUCUUCAGCAUGUGUUACAUCAUCACCUGGGUGGUCUUCGGCAUCACGUAUUACCUGGAUGCCUGGUUACGAGACGACAUCAACCACAUCGGGGAUGUUGAAUGGAAGGCUUGCAUCGAGAACGUCGAUAACUUCAUCUCAGCCUUGCUGUUCUCGGUGGAAAGUCAACGCACAAUUGGCUAUGGCUCCCGCAUUGUGACAGCCAACUGUUCUGAGGGAGUCCUCUUGCUGAUGGCCCAGUCCAUCAUUGGCUCCAUGAUAGAUGCCCUCAUGGUGGGAUGCAUGUUUGUCAAGAUCUCCAGACCCAAGAAGCGUGCCCAAACUUUAAUCUUCAGCAAGAAGUGUGUGAUCUCCAGCCGGGAUGAGAAGCUUUGUCUCAUGUUCCGCAUUGGAGACCUUCGAGAUAGUCACAUGGUGGACGCAAAAAUAAGAGCCAAACUCAUUAAAUCCAGGCAAACCAAGGAAGGAGAGUUCAUCCCGCUCGACCAAUCAGAACUGAAUCUGGGCUAUGGCACUGGGGAGGACCGUCUCUUCCUGGUGGAGCCCCAGAUAAUUUGUCACAUCAUCAACGAGGUCAGCCCUUUCUGGGAGAUGUCUGCAGAGGCGCUGAAGAGGGAGCAGUUUGAAAUCAUCAUAAUCCUCGAAGGCAUUGUGGAAGCCACAGGAAUGACAUGUCAAGCCAGGACAUCGUACAUCGAGAAUGAAAUUCUCUGGGGCCAUCGCUUUGAGCCCUGCAUGACCCUGGAAAAAGGUGCCUUCCACGUAGAUUACACCAAAUUUGAGAAGACUUUUGAGGUGCAGACGCCGCUGCUGAGCGCACGCGAGAUCUACAACAUGAAGGAGAUGGAGAAUCAGGAGCAAUCAACGCUGAACUUCUACUGGGAUCGUCUGGCCCAGCCUUGCUGUUCAGUAGAGCCCAACCAUGAAGCCCAACGAGGGGGCUGUCCCAACGAGGAAAGCUGCUCCAACUUCACGGAGAAGAGGAACAAUGAACACCGGAACCAUAGUACCAGACUCUAA